AUGGCGGCUUCCCUGUCAGGUGAUGGGAGAGCGAGCGGGGAUUCGCCCAGCGACGAUGCCAGGGUCCUGCAGCCCUGCCCGGGGCUUCUCUCUCUCCCCGGGGAAGUUCUGGAGCUCAUCCUGUGCUCCGGGGGCCUGGACUACAGGGACAUCGUCAGUGCCGCCCGGAGCUGCCGGCGGCUGAGAGACAUGUGUGUUGCCCGGGGCACAGUGUGGCGGAGGCAGCUGUUUGCCCGAUGGCCAUCUAUUAUGAAGCAUUACAACCAUUUGGACCUUCUGGACUGGCUGGGAGAAUUCAAGACCAGGCACAAGGCUGGCAUAGAGGCGCAAAGAAUAGUGGCUGCCUUCUCCAAGGCGCUCAUCAUCGAACAUCGUAUGCCUUGUGAAGGCUUUAAUGACCUUGACACUUCGGCUUACCCCAUACAUUUCAUCGAAGAUGAGCUGUUGUCCAUCCUCAAGACUGAGAACGGGAAGUGCUUGACUAAAAAGUAUUGUGCAAAAAAAAUCCUUUAUUUUAUGCAGCAAGACGCUACCAUAUGCAAGUUAAAGGGCUAUCUCCAGAGACCUGUGGAUCAGCAAGACAUCUUAGAAGGGGCUGUUCUCAUUGACCAAUACUGUAAUCCUCUUGAAGACGUUAGCCUAGAAAAUAUUCAAGCAGAGAUUAAAAAUAUUACGAGGAAGGUGAAGGUUUACUUGAGUACGAAAAACAGCAGACAUCCAAGCUUAUCCCUGCAGGCAGGGGAAUCCUCUUACAUUGAAGAUCUUGAUUUACAAGGACAAGCUCUAGAUGCUCUGAAUCACGUGCUCUUCACGGAGAUGAAGUUUAAAGGGAAUGUGGCAGAUUUCUAUAAUCCCCUGAAUUCAUACAUUCACCAGGUACUAAUCAAGAGGACCGGCAUUCCCAUCAGCCUCUCUGUGCUUUACCUUACUCUGGCCGAACAUCUAGGAGUACACUUGGAGCCAAUCAAUUUUCCUAAUCACUUCAUGCUCCGAUGGUGCCAGAGUGCCCAGGGCGGUUCAAACAUCACAGAUUAUAUGUAUGUAGAUGCAUUUGGAUAUGGAAAGUGUCUAACUGCAAAGGAAUGCGAAUACAUGAUUGGUCAACAUGUUACUGAAGAAUUCUAUGCAGCAGUCAGAACUAAGGAAGUCCUGCAGCGAAUGGUGGGAAAUCUUCUUAACAUGGGCAAGAGGGAAAGCAAAGAUGGGAGCUUUAUGUUACUGAGAGUGUCACUGGAUCUGUACCUGACUAUGUAUCCGGACAGCGUGCAGCACCUGUUGCUACAAGCUCGAUUAUAUUUCCACUUAGGGAUUUGGCCUGAAAAGGUACUAGAUAUACUGCAGAAUAUUCAAGCUUUGGACCCCUCACAGCACGGUGCUGUGGCAUAUCUAGUCCAGCAUACAUUGGAGCAUAUAGAGAGACGCAAAGAGGAUUUUGGACCAAAUGUGAGGCGCCGAUCCAGUGAGAAGGAAGUGUGUUAUUCUGUAGGCCUUCUCGUGAGACACAAGAGGUAUGAUUAUAGAGGUGUGAUCUUUGGCUGGGAUCCUGUGUGCAUGAUGCCCCCAGACUGGAUUGAAAUCUUGAGUGUGCACCAGCUCCCUCAAGGAGCAAGCCAGCCAUUUUACAAUGUCCUGCUUGACGAUGGAUCUUACAGUUACGUGGCACAGGAAAAUCUUGAACCUCAUCCAGAACCUGGACCGGUUCAGCACCCUGACAUUGCCCAUUACUUCUCUGAGUUCGCAGAAACUCACUAUAUAGCAAAUAAAGAACUCCAGCUUCAAUACCCAGAAGACACUGACUUCAACAUUCAGCUGAGUUUACUGAGACAGUCGGACGCUCCGCAGCUUGAACCAUGAGUUGGGUCCAGUUUUUUAACUUAUAAUUAUUUUACUUACUGUCUGCACAUGCAAGAUAACAGAAUCAUCCAGCGCUGUUACAUAGCGAGCAUUACAACAAUACAUUUUUAACCUUCACAUCCAGGUUUUAGCUUCUGAGAAUAGGGCUCACAGCAUCCAAGAUGAACUAGAACCCAAGGUUUGUGAAACUAGAAAAUCUUCCUACACGUAUAUUUGUAUAUCGUAGCAUGCUGAGAGUAGUGUAUCCUCUCCAUCAUAAAGUUUAAGCUUACUAUGUGCAUCCAUGAUAGAGAUUACUAUGUGCAUCCAUGAGCGAGAACAUGAGGCGCAUCUAUGAGAGAGAUUACUGUGCGCAUCCAGGAGCGAGAACAUGAGGCGCAUCUAUGAGAGAGAUUACUGUGUGCAUCCAGGAGCGAGAACAUGAGGCGCAUCUAUGAGAGAGAUUACUGUGCGCAUCCAGGAGCGAGAACAUGAGGCGCAUCUAUGAGAGAGAUUACUGUGUGCAUCCAGGAGCAAGAACUUGAGGUGCGCAUUGUAAGACAAACCGUUGAAAAUAUUGUUACUUGCCUAUAUACAUCUACAGGAAAGCGGGGCAGACAUGUAAUGCUUCUUAUUGCACUACACAUUAUAUAUUGGAGAACAUGGAUGUCACUACAAGUAAACUAUCCUCAGCUAAUAUGGGGUUUAUGGACUAAACAUGUGAAUAGCUAUUAUUAUAUUACUGCAUUAUUCUGCGUUUACCUUGAAGUUUAUCUCAUCAUUCCCUGUGUUCAUUGACAUUUGUUACAGAGGUGGUGACCACAAGGCUUAUUUUUGUAAAGGGUUGAUGUUGCUGGCUGGACUGCAUGUGAAGAAUACAAACAAAUUUGUAUAAUUUUUUUUUAUUAUUUAUUUUUACUACAAUUUGUCAUAGAUUGGUUGGGGGGAAAAAAAUAUAUAUAUAUUUAACAUUUUUAUUUUUAAUUAUUUUCAGAGCAGCUUGUAGACAGGCUAUCAGCAAGUCCAGAAUCUCAUUCGUAUUCUCAUCCUUAGGC